AGGAUAUAAGACGCUGCGCACACAACAACACAAACACGUUCCGUCACAACAAACUCGAGGAGCAUCACAAGAGGACUUGACAACACUUUGACAUUAAACGUUUGAGCGAUGCCUUUCCUCGGACAGGACUGGAGGUCGCCGGGACAGAGCUGGGUGAAAACCGAGGAAGGAUGGAAAAAGACUUCGACGGACGAGGCGAACAACAACAACACGGAGAGCUUCCAUAAACAAGAGGAGUGUUUCAACAAGGAGAACUUGCUGCUCUCUCUCAGCUAUGACCUGUCUGCCAAGAAGAGGAAGAAAGACCUGAUGAACAACAACGCCAAGGUCCCAUACUUUCACAGAGAGAAGUGGAUCUAUGUUCACAAAGGCAGCACCAAAGAGCGCCACGGAUACUGCACGCUGGGCGAAGCCUUCAACCGCUUGGAUUUCUGCAGCGCCAUCAACGACACCAGAAGAUUCAAUUACAUCGUCAGACUCCUGGAGCUCAUCGCCAAGUCCCAGCUGCCCUCCCUGAGUGGAGUGGCUCAGAAGAACUUCAUGAACAUUCUGGAGAGAGUCGUUCAGAAGGUGCUGGACGACCAGCAGAACGUGCGUCCCAUCAAGGAGCUGCUGCAGACGCUGUACAUGUCGCUGUGCGUGCUGGUGCAGGACAUGGGCAAGUCGGUGCUGGUGGGCAACAUCAACAUCUGGGUGCACCGCAUGGAGAACAUCCUGCAGUGGCAGCAGCAGCUGGACAACAUCCAGAUCAACAGGCCGCCGGCCGCCGGGAUGACUCUGACCGACUUGCCGGCCACCGUGCAGAUGUGCAUCAUGGAGCGUCUGUCGGACGGCCGGGACCUGGUCAGCUUGGGCGAGGGGUGUCCGGAAAUGGGGGCGCUGACUGAGGACCGGCUGCUGUGGAAGAAGCUCUGCCAGUACCAUUUCACAGACAGACAGAUUCGAAAGCGCCUGAUGGUGUCUGAAAAAGGUCACCUGGAGUGGAAGAAGAUGUACUUCAAGCUGAGCCGCUGCUACCCUCUGAGAGAGCAGUACAGCGACACCCUGCACUUCUGCACUCACUGCCACAUCCUCUUCUGGAAGGACACGAACCAUCCCUGCACCGCCAACAACCCCGACAGCUGCACGGUCGCCCUCUCGCCACAAGACUUCAUCGACCUUUUCCACUUCUGAUCUCCAAAAGAAAAGACUGUAAAUACUGUACAUAAACAUGUACAAUAUGGAUUUUGUUGAUCGAUUCCUGGGUGUAAAUGUUUUCAGAGACCGGUGGGCGUCAGGCUGUGGGACAGUUAUGCAAUCUUAGUGACAUUUUUUUUUUUUUUAAGUUUCCAUGAAGUUACGAGAGUCGAGAGGUUUGUGAUUGUUUUUUUUAAUUUCACAACUUUAGCGCACACGCAGGCGGAGGGUGACACAUUUCCUGCACAAGUUUGGUUUGCUACAUCUGACACGUGUCAACGCACAACACCAGCUUGUUUCUACUUUUUGUUUUUCACUUUUCUAUUUUUGUAUCGUGUUUGCCAGUGAGCACCGGUGAAGCCAGUUGCACCAGGUACUGAGUCUUGUUUGAAACGAGUUAUUAAAAACAGUGCAUGGUUUUUUUGAGCUCUUUUUAUUUCAGUAUGACUAGUAGUAACACUCUUGUGUUGGAAGUCAGCUGUUUCUAUCACUGCCCUGACAGUGAGAAUCAUGUACAUGCUAUGCCAUGCAUUUUGUCUUCGUUCAGUUUAAUAAACAAAAGAAAUCUU